CCUAAUUAUUUGGAGGUGUAUUCAACAAGAAGAAAAUAUUUUUUAAAAAAAUUAGGAUUAUUAAUAUGAAUUUAUUUUUCAAACUCGUCACAUUCAUAUUCCUAGUUUCGGUAGUUCAAUCUAUAGAAAGUGACAGAAAUGUGAAAUCAUUUAAGCUAAACGAGAAGAUUAUAUAUGAUUGUGUGGAUAUAUAUAAACAACCUUCAUUAAGCCAUCCACUACUCAAAAACCAUAAAAUUCAGAUGGAACCAUCUUUUUCAAGCUGGAAACCAAAAAGGCAAACAAAGAAUAAAAUUGAAAAUAGAAUAAGCAUCAACUGUCCAAAUGGAACAGUACCUAUACUAAGAAAUACAAAAGAAUAUAUCGCAAAUGCUAAGUACUGGGCUGAGAAACACUUCAACCCACUCACAGAAGAUAGUCCAGGGACACAUAUUGCUGGAGUUAGAUCACAACAUGAAGGUCCUUACCAUGGUUUAGCAGCUUGGAUGAGUGUGCAUGAUUUGAACAUUAGUAGGGACCAAGCUUCAUAUGCUAAUAUAUAUGUUGGCAGUGGAUACAACAAAAAAACUAAUUUUAUCCAAACCGGUUGGAUGGUAAAUCCAAGUUUAUUUGAUGAUGGACGCACAUGGAGUUACGGGUUUUGGAAGGGUGCCAAUGGAGCAGGAUGUUACAAUACAAUAUGUCCUGGUUUUAUUCAAGUGUCAACAACUGAUCCUUUAUCUGUUCCUUUUCCUUAUCCCCGGAAAGGAGAUAGGGCUGUUAAUCCUAGUAUUUCACAGGAUUAUGCAACCGGACAUUGGUGGACAAUACUCGUAAGAGCCACUAAAAAGGAUAUAAAGAUUGGUUAUUGGCCAAAAGAACUAUUUGAUAUCAUAGGUCGUAGUGUGGAUAUGGUUGGAGUCACGGGAGUAGUCCAAGCUUCCCCUUCUGGUAUUAGUCCACCAAUGGGCAAUGGUCAUCUGCCAACUCAAAAGGAAGAUGAAUCCGCACGUGUUAAAAACCUCCUCAUUGUAGACACUAAAUAUAAUUUCAUGCCUAGUCGCAAUUAUAAGCUAGAGAAGCUAUUAGACAACAACAAAUGUUAUGGAUUAAAAGAUGGAAAGAAACCAAUUUUCGCCAAAGAAUAUAAUCUGUUCACAUAUGGUGGACCUGGAGGAGAUUCUUGUGGAAUAUAAGCUUAUAAAACAGUCUCUUGUAUAUUACAAUAAAUAAUUGAGAUUUUAUGUUUCAUGUUUAAGUAUUAAAAUUUUAUUA